UUUGGUUCUAUCACGUUGAUUAAAGAUUUCACCCGGAUGAUUCUUGAAGGUUUGGUCUCGAUUCACGGACAUGGUUAUGUUCAUUGUGACCUCAAACCAGACAAUGUACUCGUCUUCCCUUCUUGUUCUUCGAGACAAGAUUCAUCAUCGUACGAGAUCAAGAUUUCUGAUUUUGGCAACACGCUGGAGGUAGGAGAGGUUCCUCUGGUCUGGGAAACUGAUUAUCCGUGGGUGGGGACUCCCAUCUACAUGCCUCCCGAGUCUGUCCGUGAUGGCGUGGCCAAAAAGUCUCUAGAUUUGUGGUCGUUGGGAUGUUUGGUGCGGGAGAUGUACACGGGUGUGAUUCCUUGGGAAGGCAUUGAACUAGAUGAUAUCGCUACUCUUCUCAUCUGUGGUGAAGCUCCAUGGAUACCUGAGUGUUUACCUUCCGAUGCUAAGGCUUUUAUCCAAACGUGCUUCUCAAGUGACCCUGAGGACAGAGGAAGCGCUUACGAGUUGUUGUUUCAUCCGUUUUUGCCUCGUCCUGAACUGUUGAAGUUGAGAAUCAGGGGAAGAAGUUUGAAGAGGAAGAAACCAACUAAGGACGCUCUUGCUGUUUCAGAUAAGAAGCCUCUGAAGUUGAGGUUUUUCCCCACAAAGGCCCAACAGUUCAAGAGAACUCUGAACAAAGUCUUGAGGUUGAAGGCUAUUCCCAUGAAGAUAUCGUCUGACUUCAAUUUAGUUUCUGUGCAUUAGUGUUUUAGUUUCUCUGUUUAGGUUGU